AGCUAGCUAGGGUUUCAAACUAAAUGGGGAGGUCUCCAUGCUGCGAAAAAGUGGGUUUGAAAAAGGGGCCGUGGACUCCAGAAGAAGACCAAAAGCUCUUAACUUGCAUCGAAGAGCAUGGCCAUGGAAGCUGGCGAGCCUUGCCAGCAAAAGCAGGGCUCCAAAGAUGUGGGAAGAGCUGUCGUCUAAGGUGGUCCAAUUACCUGAGGCCCGAUAUCAAAAGAGGAAAUUUCAGUUUGCAAGAAGCGCAGACCAUCAUUCAGCUCCAUGCUCUUGUCGGAAAUAGGUGGUCAGCUAUAGCAAGCCAUUUGCCGAAGAGGACAGACAACGAGAUCAAAAACUACUGGAACACACAUCUCAAGAAGAGACUAACCAAGAUGGGCAUCGACCCGAUGACUCACAAGCUGAAGCACCACGAGGGUCAUGCCAAGGACGCUGCCAACAUAAGCCACAUGGCGCAGUGGGAGGGUGCCAGGCUCGAAGCCGAGGCCAGACUUGGCAAGGAAUCCAAGCUUGUCAUAACCAACGCUAACCCUUUCCAACACCACCUCAUGAUCAGCAGCUCCCCCAACCCUGCUCACCAAGUAUUACACGUCCGCAACGCCCCGCCGGCGCUUCCGUGCCUGGAUGUGCUCAAAGCAUGGCAAGAGGGAUGCUCGUUGACAACAAACUCAACAAUUAGAAACAACGUUAACAGUUCGAUGUUUUCGGGUGGUUCUAUGACGGACGUGGACGACCUUGAAUCUCCGACGUCCAAGUUGAACUUGAGGCACGUUAAUAACGUGUUUAAUCCUCCCCCCAUGCUAAACAUAAACAAUGGUUUUCCAUGCGAGUCCGGGGUGUUGCAGAACAAUGAUAAUGUUACCUCUGCUUGUACGGAUGCUAGUGCUGCAUGGUUUGCGGACGGUUUUAGGUCAGGGAAUGUUGAUGAGGAGAAGAAUGUGGUUGUGCCAGCUGAGCUCUCAAGUAUGGUCAUGGAGGGUUUCACAGAUGUUUUGGUUUACGACUCAGAGGAUCAUCAGCAGAACGCGUCGCUGGGCGGAGAGAUCUCUCGAAAUGGCGGCGACGACGGAAGCUGCGGCGGUCGCGGCUUUGAAGAGAACAGGAAUUACUGGAACAGUAUACUCAAUUUGGUUAACGCUUCAUUGUCUGGGUCGCCUGCGUUUUGA